GGAGUAUUAAAAAACAAAAAAACAAAAGAAAACAAAAAAUCAAGUGAAAACACAGGAAAAGCGCAGCAAACCAAACCCAGCAUUAGCUUAACCCAUCACCCACACAAUACCUUCCUUCCAAGACAUCCAAAGCACAAUCCACGAACCACAAUCCACACAGUACGCUUCAAAAAUUUUCGUCUUUACCUCUCUCACUUUCUCUCGAUUUUUCUUUCCUUGAGAAAGUUAGAAGAAGGGAAUUCAAUUCCAUUCCAUCCUUACAAUCCACAAAGACAAGAGAGCGAAAGAUUUGAUUCUAUUGUUUUUAAUUUCCCAUUUUGUCAUGACGGAAACUAUGGAAACUGCAACCUCUACAACACCAAAACAACCCCAAAUCUCUGAGAUGUUUUCAAAAUUUGCUCUUGCUUUCAAGACCAAAACUUUCGAAUUCUUCGCCGACGAAACCACCGCCGCCGAUGAAACCACCGACGUUGAUGACGGUUUCUCUCUCCUUGAUUCCGCUGAGGAUUUUAUCGCUGACCAGAAAGUCAUAAUCUUGAAGCCUGACCAACCCUUGAGUCAAAAUCAAGACUUUUUGCCACAGAAAGAGUUGACAGUGAAAAAUAGCGAGACCCAGAUCAAGCCUUUAAAUACCCAGUUAGCUAAUACUUUGAUUUCUUCAGUUUUUUCUUCAGUUUCUUCGUUUGAAGCUUCUUAUUUGCAGUUACAAACUGCGCAUGUGCCUUUUAAUGAAGAGAGCAUUAAAGUAGCUGAUAAGGCUUUGGUUUCAGCUCUUCAGAGAUUGUCUGAUUUGAAGCAAGUUUAUAGGGAUUUGUGUAAGAAUCCUGAUUUUGGUGAUGAUUUGCCAAUUGGGUCUUGUUUGGAAUCUCAAGUAGACGAGAAUCAAAGCAAGCUGAGAAUUUUGGGGACUGUUUCCAAUAGUUUGCAAGCAGAGAUUGAUCAAAAAGAUAGUGAAGUUUCGGUUUUGAAGAAGAAAUUGAGUGAGGUACAAAAGUUUAAUUCUUUAUCGUCUAAGAGGUUGUGCAGUAGUUUGAAUUUGAAUUCUGAAGUUUUGUUGACUGUUAAGGUUUUUGAUUCUGUGUUAAAUGAUGCUUGUAGAACAAUGCAUAAGUUUACUAAGAUUUUGGUUGAUUUGAUGAGAAAAGCUAGGUGGGAUUUGGACUUGGCAGCGAAUUCUGUUCAUUCUGAUGUUGAUUAUGUGAAAAGAGGGCAUAAUCGUUAUGCAUUUUUAUCCUAUGUUUCAUUGGUGAUGUAUAAAGGUUUUAAUUUAGAAGGGUUUGGUUUGGAGAGUGAGGGUGAAGUUUCAUGUAACAAGCUUGGAUUGGAUUCAGUUAAGAGUAACAGUUCAUUGAAGCAAUUGCUUGAGCAUGUAUCUAGCAAUCCUAUGGAGUUGUUAAGUAGGAAUCCUACUUGUAAAUUUUCGAGGUUUUGCGAGAAGAAGUAUCAAGAGCUUAUGCAUCCGGCAAUGGAGUCGUCAAUUUUCAGCAAUUUGGAUCAAAAUGAAGUUGUGUUGAAUUCGUGGAGGUCACUUAGUAUGUUCUACGAGUCAUUUGUUAACAUGUCGAGUUCUGUAUGGACACUUCAUAAACUGGCAUUUUCUUUUGAUCCCGUGGUUGAUAUUUUUCAAGUGGAAAGAGGGGUUGAUUUUUCAACGGUGUAUAUGGAAGAUGUCACGAGGAGAUGCACCAUGCCUAAUAAAACCAGGUUAAAGGUGGGGUUCACAGUGGUUCCAGGUUUUAAAAUCGGAAGAACAGUAAUCCAAUCUCAGGUUUAUUUAUGUGCUUGACAUGUAAUGAGUAAUUUUUUACGUUUGCUGCCUAAGCAAAGUAAUAUGUUUUGGUUGGAUAUCCUGUGCUAAGUUCGAACACUGAGGGUUUGGAUUGUGGCCAAACUAUAGUGACACUAGAAUCCAAAGGAUUCAGGUCAGGGUUUUAAUGCAUACACCAGUUGACUAUGCUCAAGGAGGAAUUGGAAAUAUAUAUGAUGAGACAAUCCAGCUUUUUGUUGUGCUGUUGCACCAGGCAUUAAGAGCAACAUUGGUAUGCAGCUCUUGGCUUUCUUUUGAUGUGCAGUUAUAGAGUUAUACUUACAGUUAGGUUGUGAAUUUACACACCCCCUUUCAUCUCUCUUUCAUUGUGCUAAGUCCUGUGUAAAAAUGGCUGUAAAUGUUUGUUUUUUACUUUGUAUUGAUUGCAAGCUCUCUUCUGACACAAAAUACAUUACCAAAUUGUGUAUCGGACCUUUGCCUCAUUUGUAACAAAACAAUUUACUUGGAACGGAAUGUUGAGCUGUAACAUGGUCCUGUUUAUCAUAAGCUGUGUGUUGAAGAUAAA